UUGAUCAAAGUUCACGGAAGACUAGCGUUUCCUGUCUGCGAAAUGAACCAUUCAUUAACAAAUGUCAAGACAUGCUGCUGACAGCGUGUGUUAGUUUUGUUUUGUGUUUGAAGUUAUUUGGACGGGAGAAUUUGGUGUUGUUGUAGUAAUAUUUUAUUGUAAAUGAUCUUACACUCCUCGGACACAGCAGGCUAGCUAGUCAUGAUCCCUCAGAGUAAGAGCCUGCUCGUGCGGAUAGCUUUCUACUGGAAGCCGCUUUUCUCGGGGAAGUACCUGAUAGUGACGAACAUAGUGAGUAGUGGAGGCAUGCUUGCUCUUGGGGACUGCAUUCAGCAGAGCAGAGAGAAGAGACACAGUCCGGCUAAGACCCGGGACUGGCAGCGCACAGGGCGCAUGUUUGCAGUUGGAUGUACCAUGGGACCGUUUAUGCACUACUGGUACCAGUGGUUGGACAGAGUUUAUUCGGGAAAAAUGGUAAAGGCAGUUGCCAAGAAAGUCUUGAUAGACCAGCUUGUUGCCUCACCACUUUUUGGAGCAUGGUACUUCGUAGGUAUGGGCCUGAUGGAGGGUCACGGCUGGCUCAAAGGCUGCACUGAGUUUAAAGAGAAAUUCUGGGAGUUCUAUAAGGCGGACUGGUGUGUCUGGCCGACUGCACAGAUGAUCAACUUCUACUUCUUGCCAGCUAAAUUUCGGGUGUUGUAUGUAAAUACAAUUACACUGGGAUGGGACACCUACCUCUCAUAUCUCAAGCACAGGGAAAGCCAACAAAUGGAUGAAUUGGGACCAGAGGACUCAUCAAUGUCUCCUCCCUCAGCUAAACCACUGGAUGAUAAACUAUAGUCCCACACUAAUUUCAGUUUAAAUUUGAGAUUUUAGAUAUUAUUACAUGACUCUUUUACUACUUAGACCUAUAACUGACUUAAUCAAUUACUCAAAUCAGUCAUUCGAAUCAGUGUGUCAGCUAAAUGAGUUCAUACACCUGUACUGAACCUUAUCAGGAGUUCUCAGACCAUGUCUAGACAUGUUCUCACUGGUGAAGGGAAUUCUAUCUGUUUUCAGUGUCAUUUGGCGCAGCUCACCAAUAAUAUAAACUCACGGGCCACUUAAUUAGGAACACCAUACUACUAGUGGGUAGUAACCCCCUUUGCUCUCAGGCCUCAGUUCUUCAUUGCAAGGAUUCCACAAGAUGUUGGAAACAUUCCUUUGAGAAUGUCUGAGAAUGAGGUCCAUGUGAAAUGAUUGCAUCAUAUAACUGGCAGAUUUUUCAGGUGCACUUUCAUGCUGUGAGUCUCCUGUUCUACCACAUCCCAAAGGUGUAUUGGAUUCAAAUCUGCUGACUGGGGAAGCCAUUGAAGUAUAACACUGAAGUACAGUAACCUCACGGUCAUGUUCAUGAAACUAGUUUGAGAUGACUUUGUUACAUGGCAUUAUCAUGCUGGAAGCAGCCAUUAUAAGAUAAGUAAAUUGUAGCCAUAGAAGGAUGCACAAGGUCAGCAACAAUACUCGGGCUGUGGCAUUCAAAUGAUUGUUAUUAAGGGGCCCAAUGUGUUUCACCAGCAGCCUAAACUGUUAAUAGAAGGCAGGUUGCUUACGUGGAUUCAUGCUUUUGACACCAAAUUCUGACCCUACCAUCUGCAUGUGGCAGCAGAAAUUAAGAUUCCUCAGACCAGGUGAAGCUGUUCCAUUUUUCAACUGUAGCAGAACCUGAUGAGGUCUUCUGCUGCUAUAGCCCAUCUGCAUCAAGGUUCAACAUGAUGUGCAUUCUGAGAUGCUUUUCUUUUCAUCACAGUUGUAAAGAGUGAUUAUUUGAGCUACUGUAGCCUUACUGCCAACUUGAACUUGUCUUAGACCUCUCUCAGGAGUUUCUGCCCUGAAAACUGCCAUUCCUUAGUUUUUUUUGUACCAUUCUGUGGAAUUUCUAGAGACUGUUCUGUGUGACAACCAUGCCACAGUCGAAGUGCAAUCACAUUGAAAUCACAUUUUUCCCCUGUUCUGAUGUUUGAUGUCAACUGAAACUCUUGACCUGUGUGUGCAUGGUUUUAUGCAUUCCACUUCUGCCACAUGAUUGGCUGAUUGGAUAACUGCGUGAAUGAGCAGGAGUACAAGUGCUCCUAAUUAAGUGGCCGGCAAGUACAUUAGACUGCAUGCUGGACAUCUUCAAAAAGUAGCAGUGCAGUGGAUUUUUCCUCUUAUGCUGCCUCAUACACACAGCUGAGAGUCAAACACACGUCUCACCAUUCACGCUAACUCACAGCACAGACGUUUUCAUUGAAGUUUUUGAUGAGGUCACACUGCAAGAGUAGCAGCAUUGCCUACAUCUACAAAAAUAUAAAAUGAAAGGUCAUGAGGUUAAAUAGAAACUGUUCAUAAUGCAGACUGUACAUCACUAAUGCUCACAGUGUAAAAGUUCAACUGAAAAGAUGCCUCCAUCUAAAAGAAGUCUGAAUCAUGUCAUUUGUUCUCUGCUGCUGAGAGUGUAGAAUGAUUACAGUAUAAAUCAAGUAGCACCAGCACAGCAGUUAAGGUUCUGUGCUAAUGACCAGCAGGUUGUGAUUUUAAACACCAAGAGAGCCAGUUUCAGCCUCCAGGAGGUACCUUCAAUCUCAUCAAGAAUAAUUGAACAGAUUUAUUUCACCAUGAAGGAAAAAAAGAUUUUGGCUAAAUGCCAGUUUUGCCUGUUUAAUUGGCAAAGAUUUAGAUCAAUAAAACAAGCAAACAUUUUUUUAUCUGAAGAAAAGACCUUGUGUAGUAGUGUGAAAUGAAGAAAAGAUAAAAUGGUGUUUGAUAUUGAUUAAGACUUUGGGGUUUUGAGGAUAAGACUUAGAUUUCAGUGCUUGUUCUAGUUUUCUAGCUGGUAAUGGUGGACUGCGUUUAAAAGGCGUGUCUUCAGGUCUAGCUUUGAAGACAUGCCUUUUAAACGCCAUUGCUUUAAAAUAGAUUUUAACUUGUUUUAUUAUGCCAAAGUAAAUAAGCAGUACAGUGUUCCAGGCCCAGUGUGGGGCUGUGGAUUAUUAUAUGUCUAAAUUGUAACUUCUGAAAUCAAACUUGAUGCCUGCAGCUGAAGUGUAGUUCUGUUACAGUGUGCAGUUCUAAGGAAUUUUGCUCAACUACCUGUAACACUCCACCCCUGUCUUAUUUCAGUGAUUUGUGCAGAUAUUUGCUACUCUGCAUUUCUGAUAAUUAUACUUUUAUUACAAAUGAUAAAAACAGUUGCAUGAAUUGUUAGUGUUAAAUACUAUUUUUGAAGAUUUGUGUGGAAAUGAUUUUUGUUUGCUUUGAUUUGACUCCUUUGCCUUAAUUUCUUCCAGGCCGACUGUUUUACAAGCAACUCUGCUACUGUUGCAGUUUUUAUGAGAGGAUAUACACUCACUGUCCACUGUAUUAAGAACACAUGUACAACUCCACUUCAUGCAAUUAUCCAAUCAGCCAAUCAUGUGGCAGCAGCACAAGGCAGAAGAUCCUGCAGCUACAGGUCAGGAGCUUCAGUUAAUGUUCACAUCAUACGUCAGAAUGGGGAAAAAAUGUGCAGGGUUUAGCGAGUUGUGCAGUCUGAGAUGCUUUUCUGCUCACCACGGUUGGAAAGAGUGGUUGUUUGAGUUACUGUAGCCUUUUUGUCAGCUUGAGCCUGCUGAAUCUGGCCAUCCUCCUCAGAUGUCUCUCAUUAAUAGGGUGAUUCCGCUCACAGAACUGCCCCUCACUGGAUCACCAUUCUGAGUAAACGCUAGAGACUGUUGUGUGUGAAAAUCCCAGGAGAUCAGCAGUUAUAGAAAUACUCAAACCAGCCUGUCUGGUACCAACAAUCAUGCCAUAGUCAAAAUCACUGAGAUCACAUUUUUCCCCCAUUCUGACGGUUGAUUUCAACAUUACCAGAAGCUGCUGGCCCGUAUCUACAUGAUUUUAUGCAUUGUACUGCUGCCACAUGAUUGGCUGAUUAGAUAAUUGCGUGAAUGAGUAGAUGUACAGGUGUUCCUAAUAAAUUGGAUGGUGUUUGUAAAUGCAUCAUGCAUUGAUCAUUGAAAACCUCUUGACACUCUUCUCUUGAUCACAUAUGUUGGGAACAUAUGUGUUGCUAUGCUAUUAUUAUUAUCAUUAUUAUAAGUAUCUUGUGUUCCCCUCCUGUGAUGGGUGGCUGGCUGCUGAUCCUGCUGUUUAUUAUAACUGAUACAGCUCUAUACUGUAAACAUGCUAUGUAUGUACAAUAUAUAGAAGUGACAGAUAUCUGUCCUGUACUUUUAUGUGCAAUGUUAUCCAAAUAGUAAUUACCCUUACACUGGUUCUGCUCUGGUGUGUUCAUCUGUGUUUAUUGUGGUUUACAGUAAUAAUUUCUCAAAAAAAAAAAAGAAAAGAAAAACAAAUUCACAUUAUUUUCACUUACCACAAAUGUGAUCAGUUAACCAGUAAAUGAUUUGUUUGUGUACUUAGUUUUUAGCACUGGAGCUAACAAGUUAAUUCUGCUGACAGACAGUAGUUGCCAACAUACCAUCGAUCAAACUGCCUAAGCUGAACAAAUUCACAUUGCUUAUGUGGUUUCUGAUACUGUAUGAAACUUAUCUAUAAAAGUUGCCAAAGGCAAGUGUGUUAUUAUUGUGUAAAUAAUUAGUAAUUUGUAAUUAUUUAGACAUUUUUAGACAUAAUUUUGUGCCUUAUUUGAGCUACAUUAAGCUCGUAGCACCAGUGCAGAACUGAAGAAGCAAACUUCAGACACUGUACUGGCUGAUCAACCAUAUUUGCAGUAGGUUAAAAAUGUGUGAAUUCCUUUUUUCUUUUUUUUUUUCUUUUUUUUCCUUUUUUGGGGUUGCUUUAAAAAAUAGUCUUUAUCUAUUUUUUUUUUUAUUUCACAGAGGUUAAAGCUGAGCUUUACCAGAGAUUUUACAGAUCUGUGUCAAUGUAAAUGUAUUUGAACAAAUAAAUCUCAUAAUGUAAAUGUGACAACUUGGAUUUAUUUCCUAAAAAUUAUUAUUCUGCUUUUGAAUUACAUUGACGUAACCAUUAGCGUGACAUGACCAUUUGUUAAUUAUAAUAUUGCUCACAACUAUAUACACUAUUGCUCUACAAGUUGAACAUGCAUACAGUGUAGUACAUGAUACUGUUACUUAAUGAGGGAAAGUCUUGAAAAUGUUAAAAGGUGUGGUAGGUCAUGGGGUUUUGUUUUUACAGCUUAGCGAGCUUGAAUUUGCAACUGCAAAUCUUAUACCAAGCUUCCUUUCUAUAAUAGCUAAGCUACUUUACUCACCCUUACUGGGGGCCAACACACAACCUGGCUUGUUUUAUGUCGUGUUUCUCAAACACAUGGUUCUACUGGGGGUUCUACAGAUGUGAUGACUGCUACUCUAUGGAACCACUUGUCUGAAGGCCUGAGUUAAAUGGAUGUUCAUGUUGUAGGAUACUGUUCAUUAACACAGGAAAAUCUUGAAAAUGCUUGGGAGGUUUUGGAACACAUAUAACCUUACCCAGGUCACAUUGCACAUCACAAGGGCAUGGUUCCACUGGGGCUCGAACCCAGGACCUUCUGCGUGUAAAGCAGACGUGAUAACCACUACACUAUGGAACCAGCUAUGGCAGUGGCUGUGUUGAGUGUCCAUCCAGCUAGUGGGAUACUGUUGAUUUCUCUGUUGGUGGCUGGCUGCUGAUCCUGCUGUUUAUUAUAACUGUUACAGCUCUAUACUGUAAACAUGCUAUGUAUGUACAAUAUAUAGAAGUGACAGAUAUCUGUCCUGUACUUUUAUGUGCAAUGUUAUCCAAAUAGUAAUUACCCUUACACUGGUUCUGCUCUGGUGUAUUCAUCUGUGUUUAUUGUGGUUUACAGUAAUAAUUUCUCAAAAAAAAAAAAGAAAAGAAAAACAAAUUCACAUUAUUUUCACUUACCACAAAUGUGAUCAGUUAACCAGUAAAUGAUUUGUUUGUGCACUUAGUUUUUAGCACUGGAGCUAACAAGUUAAUUCUGCUGACAGACAGUAGUUGCCAACAUACCAUCGAUCAAACUGCCUAAGCUGAACAAAUUCAAAUUGCUUAUGUGGUUUCUGAUACUGUAUGAAACUUAUCUAUAAAAGUUGCCAAAGGCAAGUGUGUUAUUAUUGUGUAAAUAAUUAGUAAUUUGUAAUUAUUUAGACAUUUUUAGACAUAAUUUUGUGCCUUAUUUGAGCUACAUUAAGCUCGUAGCACCAGUGCAGAACUGAAGAAGCAAACUUCAGACACUGUACUGGCUGAUCAACCAUAUUUGCAGUAGGUUAAAAAUGUGUGAAUUCCUUUUUUCUUUUUUUCUUUUUUUUAUUUUCCUUUUUUGGGGGGUAGAACAGUUGCUUUAAAAAAUAGUCUCUAUCUAUUUUUUUAUUUCACAGAGGUUAAAGCUGAGCUUUAACAGAGACUUUACAGAUCUGUGUCAAUGUAAAUGUAUUUGAACAAAUAAAUCUCAUAAUGUAAA